AUGGGAGGGGAGACCGUCUCGCGGAUGCGCCGUGGUUCUCGUGACAGCGGGAAGGAUUGGGUGAUGCGGUUGACGGUGGUGGACUGGGCAUCCAUGCUAGGUGUUAUACCGGUGGCUUCAGGGGAUAUUCAUGUUUGGCAUAUGCCAACUCGGACCGAAAUCUUUGGAGAUGAUUCUGUAUUACAAUUUGGUGGAGGAACUUUAGGACAUCCUUGGGGAAAUGCAUUUGGUGCAGCAGCUAAUCGUGUGGCUUUAGAAGCCUGUGUACAAGCUCGUAACCAAGGGCGCGAUCUUGCUCAUGAAGGUAAUGAAAUUAUCAAAGUAGCUUGCAAAUGGAUAGGAUGA